AUGCUUUGGUCAAAGAUUGCUGUGUCCUUUGCAGGGCUUUAUUCACUGUCCCUCGUCUCUGCGCAGACAAGGUACGAGGUCCAGACACCUCCUCUUGAUACAGACUGGACUUACAAGGUUGGCACUAACCCAUGGCCUGAACAUCCGCGACCACUGCUCAAGCGCGAGGCUUGGAAGAGUCUCAACGGGAUCUGGACAUGGAGAGGCGAUGGCGAAUUGUCUAAUCCUCCAGAAGGGCCUCUAGAUCGCGAAGUCCUCGUUCCAGCUUGUAUCGAGAGCGGCUUAUCGGGACUGCAGAUUCUCGAUCAGAGAGAAUUCUGGUACCAGCGAUCAUUUGAGAUACCAGAUGACUGGAAAGACCAGUCCGUUUUGCUUCAUUUUGAAGCUGUGGACUACAACUCGACUGUUUUUGUGAAUGGCAAACAGAAGACGAACCAUAUCGGUGGGUACGACAGGUUCACCAUUGACGUUACCGACAAUGUCAAGUUUGGAGAGUCGAAUGAAUUGCUCGUAUUUGUGAGCGACCCGACGGACAGUCAGGUCAUUCCCAUUGGCAAACAGACUCUACGUCCAAGUCACAUCUUCUACCGCUCCUGUUCUGGUAUCUGGCAGCAAGUCUGGCUAGAGGCUGUUACCAAAGAGAACUACAUCACCGAACUCGAUGUAGCAGCUGGUGCAGAUGGCAAAGUCCACACAUCAGGAAAAUCAAGCAAGCCCGUGAAAGUCACCAUAGAAGGACAAGACGGUACAAACCUCGCCUCUCACGAUGGUACCACAGACGAGGAGUUCAGUUUCACAGCAACGUCGCCCAAGCUGUGGUGGCCCGACUCACCCACUCUCUACAACCUGACCGUAACACUCGAGAGCGGGGAUGAAGUGCACAGCUACACAGGCUUCCGAACGAUAUCCAAAGGCAAAGUAGAAAACGUCACACGACCGUUACUCAAUGGAGAGUUUGUGUUCCAAUUCGGUACUCUCGAUCAAGGAUUUUGGCCGGAUGGUUUGCACACGCCGCCCAAUCGAGAGGCCAUGAUCUCUGACCUGAAGUUGUUGAAGAAGUUUGGCUUCAACAUGGUGAGGAAGCAUAUCAAAUAUGAGCCUCAUCUCUUUUAUCAGGCCUGCGAUGAGCUCGGUCUUUUAGUCAUUCAAGACAUGCCAAGUCUACCAGCAGGCGGCCGCAAACCCAACGAUGCAGAGCAAGCCGAAUUCCAGCGACAGCUCGAGAUUCUAGUCAACCAACACAAGAGCUAUCCCUCAAUUACAACAUGGGUCAUCUACAACGAAGCAUGGGGGCAGCGAGAUGGUUCGCCCGAGGGGGACCUAACACAACUUGUUCGCAAGCUCGACAAGUCGCGACUCAUCAAUUCUGUUAGCGGAUGGGACGACCACGGUUAUGGCGACUUUCAUGACAACCACAACUACGCCGCGCCUCAAUGUGGCACACCUUUCUACUCGCGACCCAAGACGCCAUAUGAUCCUGAGCGUAUCGGCAUCGCUGGUGAAUAUGGCGGUAUCGGCCACAACGUCUCGAUUGAACAUCUUUGGAACGUCAAACAAGCGAUUGACAGUAUCCCCGAAACAUACGAGAUCAACAAAGACCUCGAAUCAUACAACUAUCGAUCCGGUGUCUUGUUUCGAGACAUCCGUGAGCAGACUGAACGCUUCGCUUGUAGCGGCGCUGUGUAUACUCAGACCAGUGACGUUGAGGGAGAGGUCAACGGUCUGAUCACGUAUGAUCGUCGCUUCAUCAGGCCGGAUGUUGAGAAGUGGCAGAGUGAGAUUGCAAGUAUAUACGAAGCUGCUGCUUCGAGAGGUGGAAGGGAGUGGGAUGGUAAUGGAAAGAGAGGUUCUGGAUCUUUGCUAGACCUUAAGUAA